AUGGCGGCUCUGAGAAUUUACGAAGAAGAACUGUUGUUUUUAGCAGAAGAAGAAGGUGACUUAGAAGACGAGGAAAAGCUCGGAUUUUAACUUUAUUUAACAGAGCUACCGCCACCGGUACCUCACAGAAAUUAUCCACGGUUUGAACUCGAUAAAUACACCGAUGAAGAGUGCUACUGAAUUUUCGUUUCCAAAAAGUUGAUGUUUUGCAUUUAGUCACUGCACUGCGAUUACCUAAUCAAUUUUUAUGCAAAAAUGAUACAAUUUCUGGCUCUUUAGAAGGAUUAUGUGUACUUCUUCGUCGUUUGGCUUACCCAAAUCGUAUAACAGACAUGAUUUCCAUGUUUGGUAGAUCAAAAACAGAACCUAGCAUGAUAUUCAACGAUGUUGUCGACUUUGUGUUUGCCCAAUACCAUUCGCUGUUAAGUAAUCUAAAUGUCCCAUGGCUAGCCCCAGAAAAGUUGAUGAAAAUGGCAAGAGCUGUUCACGAGAAAGGUGCUGCUCUCGACAAUGUCUGGGGAUUUGUGGAUGGCACAGUAAGUAUAUAAAAAUAAACAAAUAUCAUUAAUAAAUGAGUAAAUUUUGCCUACAUGGUUUGGGCCUUAGCCAGAGUAAAAUCGUCUGUUGUUAGAGUAAAAUGCUGAAGUAACGCCCACCUGGCAACUUCAGGGCCCUGGGUAUUUCCCCCCUCUUGCCGGCCUUGAUAAAUAUGUUGCUAAUGAGCCAGAAGCUGUAUUGUAACUGACUCGUCCCCAGUCGCUUACCUAACGCGCGUUGAAUUACCCAACGCGCGCUGAUUGAUGGGAAUGUGACGGCGAGGGGCAUUCCCAUGGUCCUUUGCGUUAGAAGCAGUGCUAGGGACUGUGGAAGAGUCAGGUAUUGUAAUUAUAGAAUUGUUUAAUAAAUAUGUCUAAAUAUUUACACAUUUUUUUUCUUCAAAUAGGUAAGACCAAUAUGUAGACCAAAAGUACAUCAGAAGAUUAUGUAUAAUCGCCACAAAAGAACACAUACAAUAAAGUGGCAAGCUGUAAAUGCAGCAAUAUGUUUAAUUGUUCACCUGUAUGUGCCAGUUGGUAAGUACAACUUUAAGUUGUUCUUACUAAUAAUUCCCAACAUUUCACCCUUCAUGUAACUGCAUUGAGGGACAUUGUGGCCUAAUGGGUUGACACAAGACAUAGACAUAUAUAGGCAGAUGGUAUGUGAACCUUUUAACGUGCAAUCUUCCCCGGCCAAUGCACUCUUUAGCAUUAUAGUCUGUCUAACACCAGAUGAUUUUAUUCGUCAAGGGAAGAGUCUUAGUUGUGUGUUAAAUUAAUUAAUUAAUCAAGCAUCAUGCAUGAGUACCAAACUAGAGUAUGUAAUAUGUAAUUUUUACUAAGAAAAGAUAUAUGUUUUAUAAUUUUAGAAGGCAAACGGCAUGACGCAGCGAUGAUGGUGAUGUUUGGUUUGUACCCCCUACUUGAAAUGCAUUCACAUGAUCCCAAUGGAAACCCAUUGGCUAUAUAUGGAGAUCCUGCAUAUUCGCACAGAAUUCACCUGCAGUGCCCAUAUAAAGGAGCAAACUUGACCCAGGCUCAGCUGCAGUUCAACAAAUCUAUGAGUUCUGUUAGAGUCGCUGUGGAAUGGCCAUUUGGGGAAAUUGCCACCUACUUUGCUUUUAAUGACUUUAAAAAGAAUUUAAAGAUCGGAUUGCAGUUAGUUGCAAAGAUUUAUGCAGUGUCGUGUUUGAUUUUCAAUGCGAAAACAUGUCUCAAUUGUUCACAAACCUCUCAAUUCUUUCGUCUGGUGCCUCCACACCUGGAUGAAUAUUUUAGUUAA